AUGCAAACUCUAAUAAGGCCAUAUACGGUGGGAAAGAGUUUUAGAGCAGAGACCCAGAUCUUUACCGUGAAGCUGCAUCUAAAGCAGACUGUGAAUUGUGGGCUGUGGCACUUGGAGAAGCAAACUCAGAAUAAAACUCAGCAGUUCCAGAGGUUGAUCAUGGAAAUUAAAGAGGAGAGAACAUCAGAUGAGGCACAGCACUUUCUUCCUGCAUCACAGGCAGACAAUCUUAGGGAGCCUCCGUUUACAAGUAUCCAGAGGAUUGCGAAUGAGUCAAAGCUGGAGUUUGUCCUGGCAUGCAAGGAUCUAGUGGCUACUGCCCGUGAUCGGAAGCUGAAUACAUUUGUACAGAUCUCAGUAGUACAUCCAGCAGAACAGACUUUGACGAGAUAUUCAAGCACUGAAAUUGUGGAGGGAACAAGAGACCCACUGUUUUUGACUGGUGUGACAUUCCCACCGGAAUAUCCUAUCUAUGAGGAGACUAAAAUAAAACUAACCGUCUAUGAUGUCAAAGAUAAAUCUCAGGACACAGUCCGCACCCAUGUCCUGUCUGAACACAAGGAGCCAAGAACAGAUGUUGGGCGAAACUUUCUGGGCUUGACUACUUUUAAAGUAGGAGACUUGGUGAAGUCAAAGGAACAACAGUUGACCCUUACCCUGAGAACUUCUGAUGGUGGAAAGACAGUUGGUACCAUAGACGUCAGCUUUGUGAAGAUGGGGGAGAUAGAAGUGGGGGAAGUAGACCACAUCACAACAGAUGUGCAGGGACAAAAGUGUGCACUGGUGUGUGAAUGUACAGGACCUGAAGGCAUAAGUGGUAAAGACAGCUUACCUCUAUUAAAUGCAGUGUUAAAAAACCCAAUCUGUAAAUUAUACAGAUUUCCCACUUCUGACAACAAGUGGCUGCAUAUCCGAGAACAGAUGUCUGAGAGCACUCUUUCUUUCCAUGUUCCUAAGGAAUUGAUCAAUCUGAACAUAAAGGAGGAUAUGAGAAGGAAUCAGGACCUAAAAGAGCUCGGAGAACUUGCUCCACAUUGGGACAAUAUGCGUAAAAAUGUUAUUGCACACUGUGAACAGAUGCUGAACAUGUACCAAGACACUCUUGCAGAUCUUGGGAAACAUACAGGAUCUUCUUUCAAAUCGAGCUGUAGUAAAGGAGAAAAGACACUAGAAUUUGUUCCAAUAAAUCUCCAUCUGCAGAGAAUGCAUGUGCACAGUCCUUGGUUGAAAGAUGCUCUGUAUGAUGUCAUCACAGUGGGAGCCCCUGCAGCACAUUAUCAGGGAUUUAAGAAUGGUGGUCUUCGGAAACUGUUGAGUAAAUUUGAGGCAGAAAGGCGAAAUACUGGAUACCAGUGUAUUUACUAUUCACCUGAAAACACAGCCAAGGCAAAAGAAGUUCUCAGCAACAUCAAUCAUCUUCAGCCCCUCAUAUCAAGCCAUGCAGACCAGCUGCUUAAUUCUGCAAGCCAGCAUUCUCCAGACAGCUUGAAGAAUUCUUUAAAGAUGCUUUCAGAAAAAACAGAGUUAUUUGUGCAUGCCUUCAAGGAUCAGCUGGUCAGAAGUGCCCUUUUAGCGCUAUACACAGCCCGUCCAGGCUGUGUCCUCAAGAAGCCAACUGUGCCCAGAAACAGUGUGGAAGGGUGUGGUGAUCAACAGGGUCAGGACCAUCCAUCUCAGAUCAAACGGCAGAACUCUAUACCUCACCAUUCAGAAUAUGAUGAAGAAGAGUGGGAUAGGGUGUGGACCAAUGUGGGGAAGAGUUUAAACUGCAUUAUUGCAAUGGUGGACAGACUGCUUGAAAAAGACAACAGCAGCAGUGGCAUUAAGGAAAGUGAAAAUGACCCUUCAUCUGCAGAUCGCAUGGUAUCACAUACAAGUGGUGACUGGUAUGAGCAGCUUUAUCCCCUCAUAAUUACACUCAAAGACUGCAUGGGAGAAGUGGUGACAAGGGCAAAGCAAUCAAUGACUUUUGUUCUACUUCAGGAACUUGCAUGUGGCUUGCCACAGCGUUUGAUGCUGACCCUACGAAGAGACAUCGUCUUUAGUCAAGCACUUGCUGGAUUGGUCUGUGGGUUUAUAAUCAAAUUGCACACAAGUUUACGUGAUCAAGGCUUCCUACAGCAGCUUCAUACUGUUGGGUUAAUUGUUCAAUAUGAAGGACUUCUCAGCACGUAUAGUGAGGAAAUUGGGAUGUUAGAAGAUAUGGCUGUGGGCAUUUCAGAUUUACAGAAAGUAACGUUUAAAAUAAUUGAAGCCAAAUCCAAUGACUUCUUGCCUGUAAUAACUGGAAGGCGUGAACAUUAUGUAAUAGAGGUCAAGCUUCCAGCAAAGAUGUUUGAGUUGCUGCCACAAGAGAUCAAAGAAGGAAAGCAGCUGCAUGUGUACCCAGUCCUCUUUAAUGUUGGAAUCAAUGAACAGCAAACACUUGCAGAGAGGUUUGGAGAUACCACUUUGCAAGAAAGUGUUAACCAGGAAAAUUUUGAACUUCUUAAAGAAUAUUACAAAUUGUUUACUGAAAAAAUGCCUCCUGAUUGCCUACCACAUUUUCAAGAACAGAAUGAUCUAAAGGGAUUACUAGAAAAUCUCCAUCAAAAUAUCCAGGCUAAAAAAAGAAAGAAUGUAGAAAUCAUGUGGGUGGCUGCAACGAUUUGCCGCAAGCUAAAUGGAAUCCGUUUCACUUGUUGCAAAAGUGCCAAAGACCGGACAUCCAUGUCAGUGACACUAGAACAGUGCUCAAUCUUGAGAGAUGAACAUCAACUGCAUAAGGACUUCUUUAUCCGGGCACUGGAUUGUAUGAGAAGAGAAGGAUGCCGCAUAGAGAAUGUACUGAAGAAUAUCAAAUGCAGAAAGUAUGCAUUCAACAUGAUACAGCUGAUGGCUUUCCCAAAGUACUACAGACCACCAGAGGGGACAUAUGGAAAAACUGAUACCUAAGUUUAUAAUGUAAUAAGAAACACACAUCUGUGCUAAUUAGAUAAUAUAAAAAUUGCUGUUUGUGUGUCAUGAAUUGGGAGUGUGUAACAAAACUAGGAGUUAUCUUGGUCAGCUAUCAAUGGAUCUAUUUUAAAUUAAAGUAACUGCAGUCCGUUACUAUGAAAGAAAACCUCAAUUAUUGUCUGAUUAAUGCUUGAGUGUUCUCAAAACCACGUAUAUAGAGCCCUCAAUGCUAGACUGUAAUUUAACCAGAUUCUGUAAAGUAGUGGAGUUGGGCCUCAUAAGUAGCUUGAUGGAAGACCAAAAAGGAAAAUGCAGAUUGCUGCAGGAAUUGCUGUUAGUGAGUCCAUAGGGGGGCACUGUGAGUCUGUACUGGUGCUAUACCUGAGUACUGUGUGUGAAGUGGCAGCAUCCUGCUGGAGGUGAUGUCUUCUGCGUCAGGCGUAAAACAGAGAUCCUGGUCCCUUGUGGUCAAAGACCACCUUGCAUUCUUUGCAAGGCAUGUUAAUCUCGGUCUGUUGGCCAAAUUUAAAUUUGGUAAUUACAUUCUGUUUCUCUAUAGAAGUUUUGGUAAUUGCAGAUUGUAAUUUGAAGUUUGGUAAUUACAUAAUGUAAUUUUAGUAACUACAGUUUGUAAUUUGGUAAUUGCAUUCUGCCUCUCUGCAGUUUCAGUUGGCUGUGUUAUGCUUGGCAUUCUGUGCUAGAGUCAAAUCCUACUCAUUUUAUUUAUUUGUUAGUCUCAGUAGAGUCAGAGGGAUUACUAGUGUGGGUAAAGUGACCCACAUUUGCCCCUUAGACUUCAUUGAGUGUUUCUCUGCUUCAUUUUGGUACUGGGUGAUGUGAUUCCUAUGUAUUAGAGGCAACAUAGCUCUUUUGGAUGGAAUUAUUUACAUGUACAGUUUUGUUAAUUUUUAUACAGCACAAAGCCCAACAUAAGCAUAAUAAUGAGGGUAAGUACUCCUUAAUCUGCUACGUUGUGGGUAGUUAGCUUAUUUUCUAUCACAUGUAUAAUGCAAUAUGUAAGCAAAGGAUACUCUUCAGCCUUAAGUGUGAAUUUUAGUGCUUUUGCCAGCUUGUGUCACUCCUAAAUUUAUCUUCUAGACAUCACAGGGUUUUUAAUAACAUCAGUUUAUUAUAGUCCACCCCAACAAAACAAAACACAAAAUCACUCAAUGAUGACUGACGUUUGUAUAGCACCUUCAUUUUGGAGAUAAAAUAUUUAGGGCAGGAAGUUAAGAAUUUUAUCCGAGUAAAAUGACAUUGGAAAUUUAAGAUACCGUAGGCAAAGUGUAAUUACCAAAAUCAGAAUUUGGCCAAGAUAGAGUGGUUAACACACCCACCCCGGCUGGUAUAGAAGUCACGGAAGUACUGGGGCAUAAUGAACUCUAAAAUGCUCCUUUCCAUCCAUUGGGAUACGUUGUGUAAAUGUGUAUUUGUACUAAUAAAAUAUAUAUUUAAGAC